AUGCCUAUGGUUUGGAACGCUGAUGCUGACGCCAAGGUUGCUCCCCUCUCCUUUCUCACCUCGAGGUGUGAUCUAACUCAAACCAUCAACAAACAGCUCUUCCUUGGGGUUUUGGCGCAGUUUAAACCCCUGAGGUCCAAGCUUGACUAUGAAGCACUGGCUGCCUACAUGGGUCCUGAUUGUACCCAUUGCGCCAUCGAGAACCGCCUCGUUCGUCUGCGUCGCCAGGUCGAUUCCAUUUCGCUCUCUUCAUCUACAACUCCAAAGACCACCCCCAGCGCGACCCCCCGCAAGCGCAAGGCUGCUGCCCCGCCUAAGACUCCGACUAAGAAGGGCAAGGGCAAGGAGAAGAACAUAAUGGCGACGGAGGAAGAUAGUGAAACCGAGGUCGAGCAAAAGCCCGCCAAGGUCGAGAUCCUCGAGGACGAGGUGGAGACCAAAGUCAAGUACGAGGUUGAGGAAGCCUGA